AUGAACGACCUGUUUUUGGCCCCGGAACACGUUUUGCAAGGUGGAUACUUUCAUGAAACACUUCGGCGGUUACAAGAACCUAACACUGGUAUUGAACCACAUAAUGUAAUGUAUCCAGUAUUUUUGCUGGAGAAUGAAGAUGGAUUUCAAGCAGUAUCAAGUAUGCCAAAUGUUUACCGAUAUGGUGUCAACAAACUCAUACCAGCACUCACAGAGCUUGUCAAAAAAGGAUUGAAGUCAAUUCUUAUAUUUGGGGUUAUUGAAUCUUUGGACAAGGAUUCUAUAGGUAGUAAUGCUGACUCUCCACAAAACCCAGUUGUCAAAGCAUUGCCUAAAUUAAGAGAAGCAUUGCCACAACUGGUGCUAGCUGCAGAUGUUUGCUUGUGUCCAUACACAUCACAUGGACAUUGUGGAUUGCUUACGGCUAAUGGCUCCAUUGAUUAUGCUGAAUCUGUAAAGAGGAUUGCUGAAGUGGCACUAGCAUAUGCCAAAGCUGGUGCACAUAUUGUAGCACCAUCAGAUAUGAUGGACAACAGAAUCAAAGCCAUUAAGAGUGCUCUUAUAGAAAAUAAACUACAGAACCAGGUUUCUGUGUUGUCAUACUCAUGCAAGUUCGCGUCCUCCAUGUACGGCCCAUUCCGCGACACGAUGAAGAGCUCACCCAUGGCCGGGGACCGCAAGUGCUACCAGCUGCCACCAGGCAGCGCUGGUUUGGCGGCACGUGCUGCAGCGCGUGAUGUGGCCGAGGGCGCAGACUUCCUGAUGGUCAAGCCUGGUUUGCCGUACAUAGAUAUCGUGCGCCAGACCAAAGACAAAUUCCCGGAUCAUCCUCUAUUUGUUUAUCAGGUGUCGGGCGAGUACGCGAUGAUCUGCCGAUCCGGUGACAGCAAGGAGGUCGAGACAAUUCUGAUGGAGACCCUGACAUGCAUGAGAAGGGCAGGUGCGGACUGCAUAAUAACUUAUUUCGCACCAUUAAUUCUGGACAUAAUAUUAUCUAGAAAACAA